AUGGACGCGCUGGCCGCAGCCGCCCCCAAGCUGCGGGAGGACAUGACCCCCUACUACAAGGAGGUGAAGGAGUUGUGGAUAAAGGACACGGAGAGCCUGCGCCAGGAGCUGGCCAAGGACCUGGAGGAUGUGAAGCAGAAGAUCCGCCCCUUCCUGGACCAGUUCUCUGCCAAGUGGACGGAGGAGAUGGAGCUGUACCGCCAGCGCCUGGCACCCCUGGCCCAGGAGCUGAAGGACCUCACCAAGCAGAAGGUGGAGCUGGUGCAGCAGAAGCUGACCCCGGUGGCCGAGGACGCGCGGGACCGCCUGCGCGGGCACGUGGAGGAGCUGCGCAAGAACCUGGCACCCUACAGUGACGAGCUGCGGCAGAAGCUGAGCCAGGACUCAGACAGCCUGCGGAAACUCAUCCGGAAGGAGCUGGAGAGCCUGAGGGCGAAACUCGCCCCGUACGUGGACGAAGUCCACCACAAGGUCGGCAAGCAGCUGGAAGAUCUUCGCUACCGGCUGCAGCCGUUCACGGAGCAGCUCCUGGACCAGGUGUCCCUGAAGGCCCGGGAGCUCCGGCGGCACCUUAUGCCCAGCCGGGAGGUGAUGGCUGAGCUCCUGGAGGGCGCCGACGAGGUCCAGAGGUUCAUGGCUCAUUACGCCGACAAGAUCGCCUUCCACACCGACCAGGCGAAGGGCAUCUUCCGCCCCUAUGUGGACAGGCUGGUGACCGAGAUCCACCGCAACGUGGAGGAGCUGCACAGAAACGUCGUCCCUCAUGCCCAGGCCAGCCCGGAGCAGCUCAACCAGUACGUCCAGGAGCUCUCGGCAAAGCUGGCCCAGAACGCGCGGGACCUCCACCGGCAGCUCCAGGGGAAUCUGGAGCAGCUCAAGGCGAAGCUGAGCCCCUACCCCGGCAGCCUCCGGCAGCCGCCGGCCCCCACCGACCCCUACGCGGAGGGGCCGCUUGGCGGGUGGGAGCUCCUGCUCCCGCUGGGGAUCCUAACGCCGCUCCUCAACUGUCGCGUGCAGGACAUGAACAGGGAGGUGGUGAAGACCGACUGCGCCACGGCUCGAAUUCCAGAGCUGGACUUUGAGAUCCCUGCUUUCACCCAGAAGGGAGUUCUUACCACCAUCGAAGGGAUAAUAGACAGAGCUGUUGCGGGCCUGGAGCAGGACCAGCCCGUCCGCAGGGCGACGGACGAAGAGGUGGCGAGGAAAAUAGAUGAGUUCAUCGGUAAACUAAAGCAGCUGAAAGAAGUACAUUCCUCCUUCACAUUUAUCAUAGAUGAUCCUUCGGGGAACAGCUUUGUGGAGAACCCUCACGCACCGCAGAAGGACGACGCCCUUGUGGUCACUCGCUACAGGAGGACUCCCCAGCAGGCUGCCAUGUUGGGACUGGAGGGAGAGGAGCUGGAUGAGAAGCCAGCCGACUCGGUGGAGGACCUGCGGAACGAGGUCCUGCAGUUCAACACCAACUGCCCAGAGUGCAACGCUCCAGCGAACACAAACAUGAAGUUAGUGCAGAUCCCACACUUCAAGGAAGUCAUUAUCAUGGCCACAAACUGCGACUCCUGUGGGCACAGGACAAAUGAGGUGAAGUCCGGAGGAGCAAUCGAACCGCAAGGCACCAGGAUUACCCUUCGGAUUACAGACCCUUCCGACAUGACGAGGGAUAUCCUAAAGUCGGAGACCUGCAGCGUGGAGAUCCCAGAGCUGGAGUUCGAGCUGGGGAUGGGAGCGCUGGGGGGGAAAUUCACCACGCUGGAAGGGCUGCUGAAGGACAUCAGAGACCUGGUUGAGAGAAACCCCUUCACUCUGGGGGACAGCUCUACGCCCGGCAAAACGGAAAAGCUGCAAGAGUUCCUUGGGAAGCUGCAUGAGAUCACAGAGGGAAGGGCGAAGGCUCACUUGAUCAUGGAUGACCCUGCAGGCAACAGCUAUCUUCAGAACGUGUACGCCCCGGAGGAGGACCCGGAGCUGAGGGUGGAGUGCUACGAGCGCACCUUUGAGCAGAACGAAGACCUGGGCCUGAACGACAUGAAGACGGAGGGCUACGAGUCAGAGGGAGCCUGGGGCCGGUAGCCACCCGACCCCGAAGGCUCAGGGGACCAGGACUUGCCUCGGGGCCGGGGCCCCUCUCCCUGGGGUGGCCCCUCCAGCCCGAAGGCAGCGGGGAUGGGCAGCGGGGCCUCCGCCGGAGGCGUGCAGCUGAUGUGUCGGAGCGGGGGCCCAAGUCUGGGUGCCCUCGGGACUGCGACCCCCCCCAAAUAAAAGGUGUUGAACGGAGACGUGGUGUCUGAGCCGGUGC